AUGUCUUCUCCUGGUUCUAGUCCUGAUCAUGGGAUUGAUUCAACUGUUCCUCGGAUCAACCCUGUUGAUAAACACAUACCUCGACAAUCCCAACUGGCUCGGUUUCAGCAGGAACAUCUCCAAGACGGCAACACCCUCGUGCCUCUUUCCCACAACCCUCGGGACUUGAAGUCUGCCAUCGAUCACCACAGAAGCCGAGCAACUAGAGCCAUCAAAACCUUCCAGCAGAGCUUUACGAAACACAAGUCAGACGAUUCAACGGACUCACCAACCAAUAAGACUAGCUCUACUGGAGUAAACUACGGGAGUUGCUGA